AUGAAUAAGAACGUAUGGUCUUCUAUUUUCAUUGCUUUAGAACUUAUGAACUUAUGUGGACGAAAGAGGCCGAGUUUGCGACGGAGAUGGGAGGGGUAUCUCGGGGAGAGAACAGACGGUCAAAAACCGAUCUUCGGAGUGAGGAGAUCGUCGAUGAUCGGGAGGAACAGCGUGACGGUGGAGGUUUACGCGGAGUACGAGUGCAACGAGUACUUGAUCGAAGGAAAUUUCGGGCAAAGGAGCUGCACCGUGGUGGAGGCGGAGACGAGGCGGAAGGUGGCGGAGAUACGUCGUAAAGUGGAUGCGUCAACGAACGUGAUGCUUGGGAAAGACGUUUUCUCGUUGAACGUGAAGGCCGGUUUUGAUGGAGCCUUUGCCAUGGGAUUGGUCCUUGUGCUUGAUCAGAUCUACGGUGACGAUUACGUCGAGGUUGGUGAAGAACAGGUGCACCCUUACGCAGAAGAUCAUUAA